UGGGGUGCAGAGUGACACAGCGUUUGUGCAUACACAGAGCCUGCAUAUCUUUGUGGUUUCCAAAGCAAUGUCUAUAGACUAGCUGCCACUAGUGUCUCCUGUCACUGUCCAGUUGCAAUACAGUAGCUAUGUCAGAGAUGAGAAUUAGGUACUGUGCCCUGUAGAGUUAGGUGGAUGCUCUUAGUCUAUUAUAGCACUUCAGGUAUCGCCACGUGAAAUCACACAGCCCUUCUCUUAAAAGAAUGCUUGAACUGCAUGCCAUCCUAUUGAAAUAUUGAGCACUGAUUAAAUACGAGAAAUAAAUACUGAAAGCCCAGCUCUUUUGCCAGCAGAGUGGUGGUGGUGUGCAGGAAUCUUGGUGCUUUAGGAAGAAGAGCCCUGUGUGGUUAGUGCUGAGGAAUGGUGAAGGUGCUCUACUCCAGGUAGAACUGUGUCUUUAAAGAAGUCUGUACUGAAAUGAACUUGGAGGGAGGGUAGGAGCUGAAGAAUUUCUAUGGAAGCAGAAUGGAUCCAACUGAAAGCAGGGUAGGGAAUCAUUAGGCAAAAAUCUUAAAAAUCCAUCUCUUGUUUUUGAGGGCUGGAGUAGACCCCAACCCUCCAACCCUUUUUGAGGGUUGAAAGCAGAUCCCAAAAGAUUCCUAGCAGGGAUGCAAGGUUGGGAAUGGGUCUGUUGAGUCACAAGGUUGAUACUGGUAGCUGAGAACAGGCAUGCAGGAGCAGGGCUUGGGCUCCCCAUUCCCAGCCUCAGCUUUGAUGAGGGUAGCUCUGCAGCAGCAUAGAUAUCAGUGAGUUUCCCGGGGCUUUAUGCUCCCCUCUGCCAAACGGGCAGUCUGUUCACACCUUGCCCCUCUCAAGUGCAUCAAGGGAAUUGCUACAUACCAAGCUUAUAGGAGUCCUCAGCAAGAGGUGCUGCCUCAAUGCCAGGUCGAAUUGUGCCAUAAAAAAGCCACAGGAGUCAACAAAAAGCUGCCCAAAGUUUCUCUGAAAACUGGUGCUGGACAGUGCGUAUCUAACCCACUUGAAAACAUGCUGUAUACUUUAGGAUGGGGGUGCCAGAGUAGCUGGCAGAACCUGUUAUACCCAUCUGUCUGGGGCCACCCUAUGUUUGUACUCUGAAGAGAGUCUGGACAAGGAGGAAGCGUGGGAGCUGCUUCUUACAAGGUUCACGCUCACUUCCCCCACCCACAGACUCUUAACGAUUUCCGUUUUUGCAUGGGGUGCAAAAGGGGAGCGUUACUGUGCAAUAGGGGACAGAGGUACUGCAAGUGACUUGCAUACACAAGGCAACACAGCCAGCCCUGUAACUAAAACUUCUUGUCACUUCAGCAAAUGUUUUGUAGAGAAACUGUGCUCUCAGGACAGGUCUGCCUGCCUACCCUGCUGUGCAGACCGUGUCAGUGCCUGGUUAUGUGGGUGUUGGUGUCGUCCAGCAGCGUCGACACAGCCUUGUAUGUGCCAAAUUCGGAAAAGACUGGAGGCAUUUCAAUAGGCACCGCACAACAUCAGCACAGGGUCCAAGUCCCAUUUUGGGACUUCAGGCAAAACCAAAGGAAAUGGUGUGUAAAGGCUCCCCCUUUUUGUUCCUGUUUGGUUAGGCAUGCCCCUUGCCCCGUUCUGUCCUGCCGCUGGCCGUGGGGUAGGCUGUGUUGCAUGCUAUGGGUUGAGUCUUUGGUCUUGGUGAGGAGGAAUUCCCACGUAAGUAUUUGCAGCUGUGGGAGACCUCAGCCCAAGCAUCCAGGGUGGCCAGGGAAAACUGGAAAAAAACCCACCAGGCUACCUCUCUAUCCCUGCUUGAGCACCUCUUGAAAUGCACAUCAGUUCCCACAGGCUGAGCAUCCGAGGUCCAGCACAGCCGGGAAGUGCCUCUUUGGGUCGAUGGAGGUCACGCAUGAGGUGUUCGCCUAUGCAUCAGGCGGGUCUUCUGACCCCUCCUUCUCUCCUGGCAGCACAGGCGUCUUUGCAGUCAGCAUUUCCCCCAGAAGACAGCAGUGGAUCCCAAAAGUUCCUUGUGUCCUCACCUCUGAACAAAUCGAGCACUUGCACCGACGAUUCAAGCAGCUGAGCCGGGACCAGCUGACGAUCCGCAAGGAGAAUUUUGACAGCAUCCCCGAUCUGGAGUUCAACCCAAUUAGGGGGAAAAUCGUCCAUGCUUUUUUCGACAAGCGGAACCUGCGGCAGGAGUCGGAUGGGCUGGCGGAUGAGAUAAACUUCGAAGACUUCCUGACCAUCAUGUCCUACUUCAGACCCAUCGAGAUGAACAUGGACGAGGAGCAACUCGAUCGCUUCCGGAAAGAGAAACUUAAAUUCCUCUUCCAUAUGUAUGACUCGGACCACGACGGGAAGAUCACGCUGCAGGAGUAUAGAAAUGUGGUGGAGGAGCUGCUGUCGGGGAACCCUCACCUGGAGAAGGAGUCGGCGCGGUCCAUCGCUGACGGGGCCAUGAUGGAGGCAGCCAGCAUCUGUGUGGGACAAAUGGUGGGAGCCGGUUCCUUGCUCUACCGUGGCACAGAGAUACACAGAUGGUAUCGAAAACAGGGCUGGAAGGUGUCCAUCCUGCCCGGCGCAUCUUCCCUGUCCCCAGGCUGCUUUGGCUGGAGAAGAUUUUUAUGCAGGCAGCAGCUUUCAGGGUUGUUUUGGUUUUUUUUUUUUUUUCCCUUAUAAGAGUCCAAGGGUGAUAAGCAAGGAGCAUCCCAUAAAGCACGAUCCUCAGUGCUUGGGGCUUUAGUGCUUAUAAAAAGGGCAGGUCCUUGCAGCCAUAGUGGUUCUGGGAACCAAUUUUGGGCUGGCCAUGGGGCACGGUGCAGGACCAGCACUGUGCGCCCAUGGGAGACGUGUCCCACAGCCCCAAGGGACCCAUCCUCUGGUCACCCAGUGCCCCGAGGCCCCUGCCCCAUCGGCGUGGGGCAGCUGUAAUGUUUUCUCUCUUGCUGC